AUUUGCAGCCAUGGCUUCGGACGCGACCGCAAAGACGCCGACGACGUCGAUGGCCGUCGUCUCGUGCUUGGUGUACAGCCUCAUGUCCAACGCGAUGGUGCUCGCGAACCGGUACAUCGUCGGCGCCAAGUACUACAACUUCGCCGAGAAGUCCUUCGUCAUCCUCGCGCAGGCCGUCAUCGGCGUCCUCGUGCUUGAGGCCGCCAAGGCCCGCGGCCACAUCCAGUACGAGAACUUCAGCAUGGAGACCGCCAAGCGCUGGGCGCCGGUCACAGGCUUCUUUGUGGCCAUGCUCUACACGGGCACGCUCGCGACGGCCGGCCUCCCGAUUCACAUUGUCACCGUCUUCAAGAACGUGACCAACUUGAUCAUCGUCUUUGGCGAGUACCGCCUCUUUGGCGAGAAGGUCGGCCCGAUGGUCCUCGGCUCGCUUGCCGUCAUGCUCAUGGGCGCGAUCCUCACCUCGUACAGCGACGUGGGCGGCAAGCCGACCGCGAGCACGCUCAUGGGCUACUUUUGGAUGCUCAUGAACUGCCUCUCGACGGCCGCGUACGUGCUCUACAUGCGCUACGCGACGUCCGGGUCGUCGCUCAAGCUCAGCAAGUUUGGCAUGGCGUUCUACAACAACAUUGUCGCGAUCCCGCUCCUCUUCUUCCCCAUGGCGUACACGGGCGACGCGAUCACGGUCUGGAGCAACCCGCUCAUGCGCAAUGUCCCGUUUCUCUUCCUCCUCUUCCUCAGCGGUGUCAUGGGCAUCGGCCUCAACCUUGCGUCCUUCUGGUGCGUCAGCGUCACGUCCGCGACAACGUAUGCGACCGUCGGCGGCCUCAACAAGCUGCCCACGACCUUUAUUGGCGUCUUGCUCCUCGGCGAAGAGCUCAAGCCGCAGACCGCCAUCUACGUGACCUUUGGCAUGAUUGGUGGUAUGAUGUAUGGCUACGGCAAGUUCCAGGAUGCCGAGACCGCCAAGCAGGCCAAGGCCCGCGCUGCCCAAGCUGAAGAGAACGUGCGCAUGAUCGACGCCAAGGUUUAAAGCGUCAUUUUCAUAGACUACUGCCUCCUCGUGA